CACAGCCUUCUGUCCCGUGACACUCUGUGGGUUGUUCCUUCCUUUUUGCUCUCCCUUCUCUCGUCAACCCACUCAGACAUGGAACCAGGCGUCCCUUCACCGCCGCGAUUUCCGUCACCUCCGGCCUCACCUUUACCCUCUUCCGCCGUCACCAUUCUCGGAAAAUAUCAAUUGAUUCGUCUUCUAGGUCGUGGCAGUUUCGCCAAGGUCUACCAAGCUCGAUCCUUAAUCGACGGCUCCAUUGUCGCCGUGAAGAUUAUUGACAAGUCAAAAACCGAUGCAUCCAUGGAGCCUCGGAUUGUCCGUGAGGUUGAUGCCAUGCGACGCCUUCAUGACCAUCCUCAUAUUCUCAAAAUCCAUGAGGUCUUGGCUACGAAGACGAAGAUCUACCUGAUAGUGGAGUUCGCUGCCGGCGGGGAGUUAUUCUCGAAAAUCUCGCGUAAAGGCCGGAUGACAGAGCCGGUGGCGCGGCGUUACUUUCAGCAAUUGGUCUCUGCCUUGUGUUUCUGCCACAAAAACGGCGUCGCACACCGUGAUGUGAAGCCACAGAAUCUUCUCUUGGACCACGAAGGGAAUCUAAAGGUCUCGGAUUUCGGACUCUCCGCCUUGCCCGAACAGCUCAAGAACGGGUUGCUCCAAACGGCUUGCGGCACGCCGGCUUACACGGCGCCUGAGAUCCUCUUCCGGCGCGGAUACGACGGCUCGAAAGCCGACGCGUGGUCGUGCGGGCUGAUACUCUACGUCCUCCUCGCUGGCUAUCUCCCCUUCUCCGACGCAAAUAUCCCUGAGAUGUGCAAGAAGAUCAGCCGGCGCGAUUACCAGUUCCCGGAGUGGAUAUCCAAGCCGGCGCGGUUCGUGAUUAACCGACUUCUCGACCCGAACCCGAAAAACCGGAUGAGCCUAGAAUCUCUAUACCAAAAUUCGUGGUUCAAGAAAUCGCUCAAGCCCCAACCCGACGAGAGCUUAUUCGAGUCGGGUCCGACGGCGAAAUCUUACCAGAAGCUCGAAAGGAUGGGUUCUGGCGUCAACGCGUUCGACAUAAUCUCCAUGUCGUCAGGUCUGGACCUGACGGGUUUGUUCGAAACGGCGUCGGGUACCAACUACAGGAGAGAAAAGAGAUUCACAUCGAAUGCUUCGUUACAAGUAGUAGAAGAGAAAGUGAAGGAAUUAGGAGGAAUUUUAGGGUUCAAGGUCGAGAUAGGCAAAAAUGGAGCUAUUGGGUUAGGGAAAGGCAAGGUGAUUCUUGUGGUUGAGGUUUUUGAGAUCGUGACUGAGUUGUUGAUGGUCACUGUGAAAGUGAUCAAUGGUGGUUUUGAGUUUGAUGAGCUUCACUGGGGAAACUGGAAAUCUGGGCUUCAAGAUCUUGUUCUUUCAUGGCACAAUGAAUCACUGUGAAUAUUAUAUAUAUAUAUAUAUAUGCUAGUUAGCAAGGUAAUUAAACUUCAACUUGUCACUGAAUUUUCUUCUCAAAUGAAGGAUCUGCAUCAAAGGCUGAAUUGAAGAAGAAGAAGAAGAAGGAAGGAAAAAAAAUCCAGAUGAUGAAGGAAUUGGAAGUGCAGGUUGAUGAAGAUGGUGAUGAAGGUUGUUUGAAAUUAGAGACAAAUUUUAAUUUUAGGUAUUAAAAGUAUAAUAAUAAAUAGGUGUUAUUAAUUAUUGUGUUGGCCUGGGGUUUCAGAGCUUUCUGUUUUUUGAAUGUUGAUUUUAAUUCUUGUUUUUGGUUUUUGUACAUGUGAAUGACAGUAAUGAUGAAUGAUAUUGGUUUUCCUUUUCCAGAAGAAA